AUGCCCAUCGGCGUGCCCAAGGUCGCGUACCGCGUGCCCGGCGCGCCGUCGGCGGACUGGAUCGACAUCUACAACCGGCUCUACCGCGAGCGCAUCAUCUUCCUCGGCCAGGAGAUCGACGACGAGCUCGCGAACCAGAUCAUCGGCGUCAUGCUCUACCUCGACAGCGAGGACUCGACGAAGCCCAUCUACCUCUACAUCAACUGCCCCGGCGGCUCCGUCAUCGCGGGUUUGGCCAUCUUCGACACCAUGAACCACAUCAAGUCCAAGGUCGUCACGAUCAACAUCGGCCUCUCGGCGUCGAUGGCGUCGUUCCUCCUCUGCGGCGGCACCAAGGGCUCGCGCCUCGCGCUCCCGAACUCGCGCGUCAUGAUCCACCAGCCCAUGGGCGGCGCCCAGGGCCAGGCCGAGGACAUCAAGGUCGAGGCCGCGCAGAUCAUCCGCAUCAAGGAGAACCUCGUGAAGCUCUACGCGAUGAUGACGGGCCAGACGCAGGACCAGAUCAUCCUCGACCUCGACCGCGACAACUUCAUGUCCGCGCAGGAGGCCUGCGACUACGGCAUCAUCGACAAGGUCAUCCCCGUCAGCGACUGA